AUGGAGUUAUUAAUGGGUUCGGGUCAGAAUCGGACCGAGUCAUAUGGUUCCUCCUCUACCGAGUCAUCUUCACUCAGUGGUGGACUCAGGUUUGGUCAGAAGAUCUACUUUGAGGAUGGAUCCGGAUCCGGAGGCGGGUCAAACAAGAACCGGGUUAAUACGGGUCGUAAGUCGAGGACGGCUAGGUGCCAAGUGGAAGGUUGUAGAAUGGAUCUAAGCAAUGUAAAAACUUAUUACUCGAGACACAAAGUUUGUUGUAUUCACUCUAAGUCAUCUAAAGUCAUCGUCUCUGGUCUUCAUCAAAGGUUUUGCCAGCAAUGUAGCAGGUUUCAUCAGCUUUCUGAGUUUGACUUGGAGAAACGAAGUUGUCGAAGACGACUCGCUUGCCAUAACGAACGACGAAGAAAGCCACAAGCUACAACGUCUCUUUUGACUUCUCGUUACUCUAGAAUCGCUCCAUCUCUUUACGGAAAUGCUAAUACUGCGAUGAUAAGAAGCGUUUUGGGAGAUCCUACAGCGUGGUCAACCGCAAGAUCGGUGAUGCGUCGGUCUGCACCGUGGCAGAUUAACCCGGAAAGGGAAAGCCAUCAACUGAUGAAUGUUUUCUCACACGAUAGCUCAAGCUUUACUACAACAUGUCCAGAGAUGAUGAACAGUAAUGGCACAGACUCAAGCUGUGCUCUCUCUCUUCUGUCAAACUCAAACACAAAUCAGCAGCAGCAACUUCUUCAGACAUCAACUAAUAUAUGGCGACCAUCUUCAGGUUUCGACUCAGCGAACGCAGACAGGGCUACAAUGGCUCAGCCACCGCCCGUAUCAAACCAGCAUCAGUACCUUAACCAAACUUGGGAAUUCAUGGCAGGCGAAAAGAGCAAUUCACAUUAUCUGUCUCCUGUUUUAGGAUUGAGUCAGAUCUCUGAGCCAGUUGAUUUCCAGAUAAGCAAUGGCACCACAAUGGGUGGAUUCGAGUUGUCUAUUCAUCAGCAGGUUCUGAGGCACUACAUGGAACCUGAGAAUACAAGAGCUUAUGACUCUUCUGCUCAACAUUUCAACUGGUCUCUUUGA